UGAGUUUGAUAAACAACCCCACGAAGCAGAAACUUCACUCUGUUUGCGUAUAUAAACCCCAACCAACUUUUUUAGUUUGAAUAUCUUGAACAUGGCUUAUUGAACCAUUGUACUUUUUUUUAUAACAUUAUACCAACAUUGGAUGUCAACGACGGUAGCACACUCUACUGAAAACACUCCAACCAAACCUGACCCUGUCACAACCACACACCAACUCGAGACCACUUCACCCAACCCUACCACUAAAGCCACUACCCCGUCACCGAAAACAACUACUACCACAGAAGAGGAUACUACUAGGUUGUCUACCGAGACAACGCCAGAUCCUACAACAGCCUCUCGCACACCUACAGAUAUCACGUCAUCUUCCGAUCCUACAACAACUACCGAUUUACCGAGCCAAACCACCACACUGGCUACUACCACGACUACGUCUUCAGCUGAGUUGACGACCACCUCGGCUCCCUCUACUACACCAACCGAGGCGACGACCACGACAACCAGUGUUAUACAGACAACUACGACCGAGCAAUCGACAACGGCAUCGCCAACAGAGACAAGUACAGUGAUGAGCUCGGCGACUACGGAAAAUACAUCACCAAUUUCAACCACCCCUAGCGAAACUCCGUCGCCACCUACAACUACAGCCUCGCCUUCUUCCACUCCACCGAUCUCUUCUGACCCUCCAACCACCACCACGACUUUGGGUACCUCCGCCACAGACACUUCCAGUUCAGGCAUGUCAUCUCCUCCAACCAGUACUACUUCUUUAGAUACGACCACUACAUCGGACGUUACCACAACGCCUAGUCCUAUCACGACGGAUUCUGUGACCAGUCCGGUCGUGACUACGACCAGCGCUAUCGAGACCACUACAACUGUAUCUCCUCCUCCAACCAGCACAAUGUCCACAGUGGAGACUACUACCUCGGUUAUUAUUACCAGCAGUAGCGAACCACCACCCACUACCACGACUAGUAGCAUUAUGCCUGUUCCCACGUCGAGCACGCCCAUUCAAAUUACGACAAGUGACCCUACCACAACAUCCAGUCCACCGCCGCCCGCUAGCACACCCAACAGCAGCACAACAGAUUCAGUAGGGCCGACAAUCACAUCAACAAGCCUAAGCAUCACAUCAGAAACAGCUACACAAACCACAGCAUCACUGAUUACCCAUUUUAGUACGGAGCUUAUCACUGUCACCAGUCAAAUACCGGUUACACGGACUUCGACAUUGGCUGAUGGAGAACUGGUAUUGGUAACGACGGUUAUACCAACUGUGUACGUUACACCUUCGUUGGUAGCGAAUUUACAAGCGGUUGACAAUGGUAAUAACUCAGGGCCGCCGGCGGCUUUGAUUGGCGGUAUCGUAGGAGCUGCAGCUGGGGCAGCGAUGUUGAUCACCGGGGUCCUGUUUUAUCGAAAACGUCGGCAACGACAACAAAAUGACGACGAGGAUGCUGAAAGUGCGUAUGCCGCUAGUUUUGGAGUGGAAGGGUUUCCAGGCACGGGCGAAGAAGAAGUACGCAGCGAUCGUCGAUCGAGUGGUUCAGAUUGGCUGUCCAUGCUUCGAUUCCACCGCCAACAGAGACGAUCUCGACAAUCUGAUUUCAUGCGUGAGGUGUUCAGUGAUUAAGCAGAUCAGUACUCUGUUUGGCGUGAAGUCUAUUCCAUGCACCACACGCGGCUCAAAACACUGAAAUUUUUUGAAUACGCCACAAACGAAGCAGAAGCAAAAAUGCGUAAAAAAAAAAAUUAUUUUUACCUAAAGUUUUUACUUUAUUUUCUUCU